AUGACUCAUGAUUCUGGGAAAAAGAAGAAGGGAGGCUCCAAGAUCAUCACCCCAGAACACAAUGUGAAGAUUGUGAGUGCCACUGCAUCGUUGUCAAAUCCCUCUGGGGUUGCCCAUAAAGCUGCAAGUGAUAUCCAUGCUCCAACUGGAUCAGCCAAACCAAGAAGAAGAAGCCUUCGUAUCAAGCAUGUAGCUCCUAAGAGAGGACCCAGUAAGAAUUUGGGUAUACAAAAUAUUUCUGAUGAUGAGGAUGAUCAAAAUCCAAAUCUUCCAGAUGCUGUGAAUCAAGAAGCGAAUGAGGCUCUUGAGAAGCUUGCAAAUGUAGCUACUGCUGCGCAUGUUGAACCAGAUGUUGAACUGAAACAACAAUCUCCCCCUGGUUCUAUUGUCAAGUCUCAUGCUUCUAGUCAAACGGAGCAUGAUGAGGAUGAAACCUCUGCACAUGAAGUUUCUUUCUCUGAGGAGGUUCCUGUUCGGAAAACCCCCACUUCAUCCACCAAAAAGGGUAAAGAAAAGAAGGUGAUUGCAUUUGAUGAAGACUCUGAUGGAGAAUUGCUCAUCAAAAAGGUCCCUGUUCCUGUUAGUGGUGUCAAGAAGAAGGAUGCAAACAUAACGACGCAGAAGAACGUAGGAUCUGCUGCUAAAUCUUCAAAGAUUUCCAGAGGUUCUCAUAUUCCAAAAUCUGGGAAGGAGACAAAGAAAUACAAGAAGUCAGAAUCUUCUACUGGAAAGAAAAGAAGACAUGUGUCUGAUCCUGACUCCGAGGAUGAUGUCGAGCCAGAUGUCCCAGACAUCUCCACCACUGCCAGAAAACAGAUGAAAGGUAAGAAAAUUCCUCAACAUGUUCCUGAUGCUCCUAUGGACAAUGUGUCCUUUCAUUUUCCAUACUCUGCUCAGAGAUGGAAAUAUGUGGUUCAAAGGCGGCUUUCUAUUGAAAGGGAACUACAUGAAGAUGCCUUGGAACUCCAGGAAAUCAUAGAGGUUGUUUCUGCUGCUGGUUUGAUGAAGACUGUCAAGGAUCUUGGCAUAUGUUUUGACAAGCUUGUUAGGGAGUUCAUUGUGAACAUCCCUGCUGAUUGUGAUGAUGCUUCCAGUGCUGAGUACAGGAAGGUGUUUGUGAGGGGGAGGUGCAUCAACUUCUCUCCUGAAGUGAUCAAUGAAUUUUUGGGCAAAAGCUCUGUUGUUGUGGCUCAGGGGGAGCCUAAUUGGAAUAGGGUUGCUACAAUCCUUACUAGGAAGUUGGUCAGGAAGUGGCCAAAGAAGGGAUUGCUUCCAUCUGGGAAGCUUACUACCAAAUAUGCUGUUCUCUACAAGAUUGGUACUGCAAAUUGGAUGGCCACCAAUCACAUGUCUGGUGUGACUCCACCUUUGGCCAAAAUGCUCUAUUUGGUUGGAACUGGAGAGAUCAUUGCACAUCAACAACCUAAUAUUGUGAGGGCUGAUGAAUCUCAAGGUAAGAAGCCCCUGCCUCUCAAGUUUGAUUACCGGUUUUUUGCUGGGACACAUGUUCCAGACAUUUUGCUCUCUGCCGCAAAGGAAACUGCUAGUGCCAGUGGCACUAAGGCAGUUGGUUCUAGCAAGGAAGACAUCUUGGCUGAGUUGAAGGCGAUCUCCAAGUCUCUUGGUGACAUUAUUCAGGCUUGCAAGGUCAGAAAACUCAAUGUUGAUCAACUCAUCAAGGCUAUGUCAGAUGUUGCAACUGCUGCUGCUGAGGAAGAAAGUGAAGAAGAGGAAGCUGAAGUUGUUGCUGGUGAAGAAGUUGUUUCUGAGAGUUCUGCAACUCAGAGCACAUCUCUUUGA